AUGGAGUGGGUUCAGGCUUUCUUGAAGAAGCACAAUCGUUUGGAGGAAUUUGACAAGGCUUGGGCCUCGAUUGCGCCUUACCCUACACUGUCAGUACCGAACAAGGCAUAUCGUGCCACAACCCAAUGGCAAGGGAAGGAGAUGAGAAAUCUGGGGCGGGUCGUUCUUGGAGCACUCGCCGCUGCUUUGAGAAACCCGGGGGUGGCUGUCAGGGGCGACUUCGCAAAGGCAUUGAAAUGUGUACGAGGCUUAAUCGACUUCCACUUAAUGGCGCAGUAUGGGAGUCAUACGACGAGCACACUGAAUUAUAUGGAGAGCUAUCUCGAGGAUUUCCAUAAGCACAAGGAUAUCUUUUUCGAAUUCCGGGCGUACAAGAGAACGGUUAAGGAUGCGAGAGAUCGGACAAAAGCUGUGAAGACCUCAGGCUCCCAGAGCGCUCAGCGAGGUUUGGAGGAGAUUCGCGAGAUACGGGAAAGGUCUCACUUCAACUUCAUCAAAUUGCACGUGUUAACGCACUAUCGGGAACAUGUCGAGCGCUUUGGGAGCAUUCCCCAGUACUCCACCGACAUCAGCGAACUCGCCCAUGUACGUCAGAUAAAAGAGGCAUACGGAGCAUCCAACAAGGUUGAUGCUGCAACGCAGAUACUGGACUAUGGGGGGUGGCGGUUGGCGUUAGAGAUUCGAAUGUUGAAUCUGAAAGACAUUGUUGGAGGUCCUGAGAGCACUGACGAUAUCCUUUGGAGCCAUCGAGAUAACCUGAAGGAGUUACUUGAGAUUUUUAAAAUCGAAGACCGGAAAAAAACACCAAAUGAACGAUCCAUAGUAGAAGGCCGACUGCCUCUCAGGCGUCUUUGCAACCCCUCCACUCUAGUAGGGGAAUGUCGGACAGGAUUUUGA